GUACAGUACAUCUAAAUCUGAGUACGGUACAUAUUGUCGACGAUACUGUCCAUCCGUCUAUGUAUGUAUGCCACUUCUAUAGUUGCAAUCACGUGCCCUGCAACAGUCGAAGCAAAGUUCAAUGACUUGACAAAUACACGUGAAUGGGAUAAGAUAUCCAUAUCAUUUCUAGCCAUAAACACAACAAACAUGUGAUGCAUGCAGCUUAUAACCCUCCUUGAGCUGCAGGAGAUUUUUUUUUUUUUUUUUUUUUUUAACGACCCCUUCGAACACGGCAUGACUCCCUCGACCUGCCAGUCACAUGGCUUGCUGCCACAAAAGCCGGCCGGUUGCAUCAGAAAUAUGUGUGAUGCCGAGUGAGCUAAAUUUAGCACCGCUGUGGUUUUUUUUUCCCCUUGAAAACUCCCAAACUCUUUCGAUUGACUUGAAGCGUUUCCCUUUCGGACUACCUCCGAAAAAUCUCGUCCAUGCUGGCACCUCGGCAUCAAAGCUUUGUUUUAAGAAGCUUCUGAGGUGUCACAUUCCUGCACCCCCAGAGCAGGUGAAAACAUUUUUGGGCCUGUAUGCAAAUGAGAGCCUUCCUCCUCCAGGAAAAGCGAUCCGAUUGGUGCUGCGGGCGGCUGGCGUCCUUUAAAUAGCCCACAUGGAGAUUGCCUAUCAAUGAAGUAGUAAAAGAGGGGGAACGGCUGAGGUCCGAGAGGGGCGGAGAAGGCUUUGAGAGAGCUUUUGUGGAGCGGGGUUCCCCAUCUUUUCAUUACUGAAUUCCAAACAAAGGCGACCAACAUGAAAUUCAUCAUUGGCAUUGGAGGAGUGACCAACGGUGGCAAGACCACCCUGACUAACAGACUGCUCAGGACGUUGCCCAACUGCUGCGUGGUGCACCAGGAUGACUUUUUCAAGAAACCCGAUCAAAUAGAAGUCGGGGAGGACGGCUUUAGACAGUGGGAUGUCAUCUCGGCUCUGGACAUGGAGGCGAUGGUCGGCACAGUGAAAGGCUGGCAGGAGAACCCGGUCAAGUUUGCCCGCUCCCAUGGCGUCAGCCUGUCACCCGAAGCCGUGGAAUUCGGCUCGGACCAAAAAGGGAUCCAUAUUCUCAUCGUGGAGGGCUUCCUCAUCUACAACUACAAGCCUCUCAUCGACGUGUACGACAGGUGCUUCUACAUUUCACUUCCUUAUGAGGAGUGCAAGACGAGGAGAAGUACAAGAACAUACACGGUCCCCGACCCUCCCGGUCUGUUCGACGGCCAUGUCUGGCCCAUGUAUCUGAAGCACCGUAAACAAAUGGAGAGCCAGUGUGACAGAAUAGAGUACCUCGAUGGAAUGAUGUCAAAAGAUGACAUCUACUCUGUCGUGUUUGAGAGCAUCCAGAACACCCUCCUCAACAACUCAUAGGAUGGUGGCCGGGAGGAACUUGUGUAUAGAUAAUGUAAAUAACAACGACCAUUUUGAUGACAUAUACGCCUUAUAGAAUGUGUAAAUAGUGGUGCCAAGCCGCACACAUCUGUCUUUUAUAUCACUCUGUCUGGAAAAGAAAAAGAUAAGCCGCCCUGCUUCGGCACGGGUCGAAUGAACAUACAUGUACAUGUUGCUGUACACGUUUGUCAAACUGAAAACACAUAAAGUCAACAAAGCACUCCAA